AUGUCUACCUUAUUUGAAUUGUUCGGCUUCAUUCUUCUGGUUAUUGAAACCCUCAUAGGAAUGAUGGGAAAUGGAUUUAUUGCUAUCGUUAACUUCAUUGACUGGCAGAGAAGCAGAAAACUGUCCCCAGCCGACAUGAUCCUGAGUUGUCUUAGCUUCUGCAGAUUUGCGUUUCAUGCAUUCGCGAUACAGAAUGCAAUUUUUCUCCUCUUUUUCAUAGAUACUUUUCUGAAGAACGUACAUAUUGCAUACACUGCCUCAUGGCUAUUUGUUAAUACUGCUAACCUUUGGUUUGCCACUUGGCUCAGUGUUUUGUAUUGUGUAAAGAUUGCCACUUUCUCCCACCCUCUCUUCCUGCAAAUGAAGCAGAGAUUCCCUGGGCUGGUGCCUUGGCUGCUUCUGGGGACAGUGGCCUUCUCUGCAAUCAUCACCACCAUCAAGUUGUACUUCUCUUGGAUGGGCAUGUCAGGCAUUGGGAUGAAUAUUUGGUUUACUGAUGUUACUGCUGCAUAUUCCUCUGCCCAUGCCAUUAUCCUGAUCUUCCUUAAUCCCAAACUGAAACAGGAAUCAGUCAAGAUGCUACAUCAACUAAAAUGCUGA